AUGUCAAAGAUUACCAAUAUAAGAAUCAAGUUGCUCACUGUACAGGUUAUCAACAGUUUCUCUGGAGAGAAGAUUGAUUUUGAGAAGGUUGAGAAGUUGGUCAAGGACGCUGGAUUCGUACUGGGCGAUAUUAAGGCACUGAUCGCUGCCAUUCACUUCAUUGUAUUCAACGCUGUAAAGAAUGACGUCGACGAAACUACUCUGUCCAAUGAGCUGCAGCAACUCGGUCUGCCCAAGGAGCAUUGUGACUCUAUAUCACGUGCAUUCCGUGAGCACAAGGACAAACUCAGAUCCAUAUUCCACAGCAAUACACUAAAGUUGAACUCGAUUGAGAACAUCGACUGGCGAGUGGACUAUUUGCUGAGCUCCAACACAGUGAACGAAGUCAACACACCAAACAUCCAGCUCAACCUCAAGGUCAGGAACCCAUCAACUGGCGAGACUACCCUUCAUCCAUUCGAGAUCAGUGCAAAGAAAUUUAAUGUAUUAUAUUAUGAACUUAAAGCGUGCAAGGCAUUGAUGGAGGAAUCAGUAUGA